AUGACAUCAUUUGAAGGUACUUCCAUCUUCACUUCAAAACUUCAAAAUCUUUAUUUGAGAAAUUGUAGUCUUAGAGAUGAUAAUUUUGUCAUAUCAGCUAUUACAGUUGCGAACUCUUCAUCUUCCCUUGCCUCGCUUGAUCUCUCCUCAAAUCUGUUGAAAUCACCAUCCAUAUUUGACUGCCUCUUCAACUCCACUACCAAUCUUCGUACACUUCAACUUUAUGAUAACAUGUUGGAAGGUCCCAUUCCAGAUGGAUUUGGGAAAGUAAUGAACUCUCUUGAAGUUCUUUACCUCUCUCAUAACAAACUGCAAGGUGAGAUUCCAUCUUUCUUUGGGAACAUCUGCACAUUGCGGACAUUAUACCUCUCAAAUAACAAGUUGAGUGGGGAAAUUUCAAGCUUAUUUCAGAAUUCUUCAUGGUGCAACAGACACGUGUUUCAGUAUUUGGAUUUAUCCCUUAACAAUUUUACAGGAACAUUACCUAAAAGCAUUGGAUUACUAUCUGAGUUGCUGAUGUUGUCCUUGGAUGGAAAUCAUUUGGAGGGUGAUGUCACUGAAUCCCAUCUUUCCAACUUUUCCAAAUUAGAGGAAUUAUCCUUAUCAAAUAACUCUCUGUCUCUAAAAUUAGUCCCUGAUUGGGUUCCUCCUUUCCAAUUAUUUUACUUGGGACUAAGAUCUUGCAAGUUGGGCCCCACUUUUCCCAGUUGGCUGCAGACUCAACGCUCCUUAACUUACCUGAAUAUUUCUGAUACCAGGCUUAACGGUUCAGUACCAGAAUGGUUUUGGAACAACCUACAAAAUAUGGAAAUUUUGGAUAUGUCACACAACAAUCUAACAGGUCCAAUUUUCAAUUUGCAACCAAGGCUUCUUUUCGGUCCCCUUAUAUUUCUGAAUUCAAAUCAAUUUGAGGGUAUAGUUCCCUCAUUUUUGCUACAAGCUUCAUUCCUUCUGCUCAAUGAAAAUAAAUUUUCCUAUUUGCCUUCAUUUUGUGAGCAACGCAGAGCUACAUUCGUGAUGAUUCUAGAUUUAUCAAACAAUGCAAUAGAGGGGCAACUUCCAGAUUGUUGGAAUUCUGUACACAAUUUACGGAUUCUAGAUUUAAGCCGCAAUGAACUAUCAGGGAAGAUUCCCGAGUCCAUGGGCUCCCUUGUGCACUUGAAUGCAUUGGUUUUACGAAACAACAAUUUGAUGGGUGAAUUUCCUUCUACGUUGAAGAAUUUCAGCUAUUUAGUUGUGCUGGAUGUGAGAGGAAAUAUAUUAUCCGGCUCAAUACCAUCAUGGAUUGGAGAAAGUAUGAACAAACUAGUCAUCUUGAAUAUGCAACAGAAUAACUUCUCCGGAAGCAUUCCUAAUGAUCUUUGUAAUUUGAAGCACUUGCAGUUGUUGGAUCUUUCGUGGAAUAUGUUAUCAAAAGGAAUUCCAACAUGCUUAAAGGAUUUGACUGCCAUGUCUGAACAAGGAUUCAGUGGAAAUACUAUGUUACAUUAUGCAGUUAGUGUCAAAGGAUACAUGUUCUUAGAUAUGGAUGUUUAUACGUUAAACAUAAUAUGGAGGUGGAAAGGUGUGGAACAUGAGUUCAAAAUUCGACGACCGUCUCUCAAAAGCAUUGAUCUUUCUAGUAAUAGUUUAACAGGUGAAAUACCAAAAGAGAUUGGAUAUUUGGUUGGACUAAUUUCUUUGAAUUUAUCCAGAAAUAAUCUGAGUGGAAAAAUUCCUUCAGAGAUGGGAAAUUUAAGUUUCCUAGAGUCCCUUGACUUAUCAAGAAAUCAUAUCAGUGGUGAAAUUCCUUUCUCACUUUCUGAAAUCGAUUUUCUUGGCAUAUUAAAUUUGUCACACAACUCUCUCUCUGGAAGAAUCCCAUCAGGAAGACACUUUGAAACCUUUGAUGUCUCAAGUUUUGAAGGGAAUGUUGGCCUUUGUGGUGAACAACUUAACAAAACUUGUCCUGGAGAUGGAAAUCAGACAACAAUAAAGCCUCAUGAACAUGGAACAUUCAAUGAUAACGAAGAUAGUGUUUUCUAUGAGGCAUUUUACAUGAGCAUGGGGAUAGGAUACUUCAUUGGAUUUUGGGGCUUAUUGGGGCCAAUACUACUUUGGCGUUCUUGGAGAAAUUAUUACAUCAUAUUUGUGAACAAACUGAUAAACUAUAUAUAUGCGUGGUUCUGGUGA